CAUGAACAAUAACCAAAGAGAGCCAGCAGCAACCCCACACGGCCACCCUUCCCUGUCUGUCCCUCUCUCUGCCCCCUCCGGCUGCGCUCCUCACCCAUCCCUCCCAACCCCACCCCCGCCCCACCCCGCCACCUUCCCCCACCGUGCGUGCCCGGCACGUGUUCCCUCCCCCGCCCAACCUCCGGCCGCCGCCAGGCCUCGCGGCGCAAGUCCGGGAGGCGAAAGGAGCGGCCUUUCUUUCCAUUGAAAGGAAGGUUCUUUGCCGAUAAGUGGUCGACGCGGAGUCGGAGCAUGGACCAUGGCGGCGGCGGCGGAGGGGGAGGCGCGCCGUCGAGCAGCAACAGCGGCGGCGCGAGUGCUGGUGGGGCAAGCGGUGGCCGUGGGGGCGCGGGGGGUGACCACCACCCGCACCACCCGUUUUACUACGCCGGCCCGGCGGCGUCCAACUCCGGAGUGCCCCAGCAGCAGUCGCCGUUCGUGGGCGCGCUCGCCAUCAACCCCGUCGCCGCCGACCAGGCCCAGCCGUCGUCGGCCGCGGGCGACAAGAAGGCGGCCCCCGCGGCGGGGACUGUGGCGAAGAGGCCGUCCAAGGACCGGCACACGAAGGUGGACGGCCGGGGCCGGAGGAUUCGGAUGCCGGCGCUGUGCGCGGCACGGGUGUUCCAGCUCACGCGGGAGCUCGGGCACAAGUCAGAUGGCGAGACCAUCGAGUGGCUGCUGCAGCAGGCGGAGCCGGCCAUCCUAGCGGCCACCGGCACCGGCACCAUCCCGGCCAACUACUCCUCCCUCAACAUCUCCAUCCGAUCGGGCGCCGCCGCCGCGGUCGCCAACCCCAGCCGCGCCGCGCCGUUCCCGGCCCUCGCUCUCCACCCGCACCACCAACAGCCGACCCCCACUCAGCACGACAUGUCCGCCAUGCUGGGGUACCACCACCACCUCCUCCCGCCGCAGCAGGAGCAGCCGCAGGAUCCUAACGCCGGCGCCUACAUGAGGAAGCGGUACAGGGAGGACCUCUUCAAGGAGGACGACGACCGCCAAGAUCCGAACGCGCCCAAGGCCCGCGAGCAGCAAGCGACGCCGCCACCGUCUGCCGCAAUGUGGGCCGUGGCGCCGAACAGCGCGGCACCCGCCGGCGGGUUCUGGAUGCUACCCGUGUCCGCGAGCUCAGCCGCCGCGGCCCGGCCGGCCGAGCAGCCGAUGUGGUCCUUCAGCGGAGGCGGCGGGAGCGGCACCGUGCAGGCGCCUCUGCAGUUCAUGUCCAGGGCCGGCUACCCCAGCAGCGCCGGCGGUGGUGGAGGCGGGGGCAUGUCGGACACCAAUCUGGGCAUGCUCGCCGCGCUCAAUGCGUACAACCGCGGCGGCAGCGAGGACCAGCAGCAGCAGCACCACCAGCAGCCCGAGGUGGACCAGCAGCAUGGCGGCGACGGCGGCAACGACGACGAGGACGGCGACGACAGCGGGGAAGAGAACCAUGGCAACAACAGCUCACAGUAAGCUCGCCAGAACAUGACGAACUCUGGAUCCGCCGCCAUGAUCGCAUCGUUCUGGUAGCAUCAAAUAGGUGUUAGAACUUAGAAUUUUGCUGUCUUCUUCGGGGGGAGGAUCAGUUUGAGCUGUCACUGGAUUGGGUUAGGAGGAUGGGAUGGAGGAAAGGAUGGAAUCAACCAUGGAGGAUCGCUAUUGUUUGUGCAAGGAGCAACCAAAGCAACUGAAGCAAAGCCGAACCAAGCCAGUGCAUUUGCAAGAACAACACUUCUUGCUAGUUUGAUUAGCCUUGUUAUUUUUUGGAUUUUUGUUUCUGUUUUUAUUUGGAUUGAUCAAUGAAUGAUUGCGUUGUUGAGACGGGUGUGAUGAUGAUUAGUGGGUCCAAAUUAGUAGGGCCGAGGAAAGGAGUUUGAGAGGGAUCUGUAUAUACAGCUGAUCAUCUUGAUUUUUGCUGCAAUGUUAAUUCUAGUUUUUCUCGCGAAAAUAAUGAUAAUUGGCUGUUUUUUUUUCA